AUGGAAAAUAGGGGGAACCGAUUUUUUUUUAAAAGGAAAGAAAUUAAUAUCAGCUUUUGGUCAACUUAAAAAUUGUCACGUGAGGGAUAUUUUUGUCAUUUGAUAAUUUAUUAAAACGCACGCUGGGUGCAGAAAAAAGGCGGCGUUGGUUUCCGUAUCCCAACAUUAACACCAUUACCAAAGAUAGAAGACUUUUCAUUUGGUAAGUGCCUUCUCAAAAUCUGCAAACUAAAUUAAACCAUGGAGAGAAGAAAGACGAGGUCGAGUGGAAAACGAGAACAGGCUUUAAGGGAGAAAUCGAACGAGGCAUCGAUGGAAGGUGCGAUGUCAAUCAACAAUGCUUCAAAAACAGUCCCUGAAGCCGUCGUCGAGACAGCUGUGGGUUUGAGAGCAUGCACGAGCGGACCGAGUGGAGUGGAAAAGGUGGUGGUGGACGGCGGUGGAGAAGAAGGAACCGGUGCAUCCAAAGAAGAAUUGUGUGUGCGGAAAGAUGCAAAUCUGAAAAAGAGAAAAAGAGAUGGAAAACAAAAAGUGUCGAACAAGGAUGUGGAUGGUUGCACAGACAGCGAUGAUGAUUUUGCAUCCCCAAAAGAGGAUAGGAAAGUGCCACGAAAAGUGAUGGAAACAGAGGUGAAUGCCAUUCAAACAAGAUGUUCUCCACGUCUACUUGUGAAAGCAAUGAAAGCGAUGAACGAAGAUCAAAAGAAAGCAGUUCGAGACAUUGGAUUCGGUGGCCUCCUAAAUCUAGAGAUCUCACAGUUGCCAUCAAGAAUGGCAUCAUGGGUUGUUGAAAAUUUCAAUCCAAGAAACUGCACUAUAAGGCUUGCAGAGGGAGCCAGUAUGCAUAUUUCAGAAGAAGAUGUGGCACGUGUCUUUGGAUUGCCUAUAGGAGGUAAACAUAUAGUGCCACAAAAAAACCACGAACCGAGCAUCAUUCUGAAGGAGUGGAGGGCUAUAUUUAAGAAAGAUGGGAGGAAAAUAACACCGGCUGAUAUAUGUGAUGCCAUGCUUUUGUGUGACAAAGGUGGUAUAUGGUUUGUCAGACACUUUAUAGUGCUGGUUGUUACUCUGAUUUUUGACAGUGGGUCAAAUGGAUAUGCACACCCAUUGAUCACCCCGGAGAGUUCACCCCGGAGAGUUUGUAGUCGUACCUGUUUCACUCGGUUGCUACCUCUGAAAGUUUUUUCUAAAGUCUUUCAUGCCUCCUUGGUUGUCAUGUGUUCGACUCUUUCUUGCCCAGAUUUAUCUAGCCCGUAGUUUAUUAAUGUAUGGGCCAGAAACUCCCUUUGCUUCCUUCCGUUGUGCUGUUGUUAAUACUGCUCCUUCGACCGGUUCGUUAAAACCUUCCUCAACCACGUCCCAGACACCAUACGCGCCGAGCAGGUUCCUCAUUUGAACGCUCCACUAAUCAUACUCUCCUUUCUAGAGUUUCAUGAUCGCCAUCGGUAGAUUUCCAAACAGAUUUCCGGACAUCAUCUUGGAUCAAACGAGCCGGCUCUGAUACCAAUCUGUUAGAAAACCAGACAGAAAGAACUUGCGGAUAUAAUCACACACUCACGCACACACUAUGCACUUGUUAUAUGAGAAGGAAGUCAUAAUUUGUCCAGGAACUCUCUUGCCUUGAAUUACACAAGAUGCCUUUAUAUAAUAGGCAUUUGAAACAUCAUUUAAUUAGAACAUUAAAACUAGAACUUUCUGGGAAGUCUUUUCAUGUAUCUAUGCAACUCUUUAGUUUCCCACAUUUAUUUGAAUUAAUUAAAACUAUUUCUUAACAAUUACUCCCUUCAUCUCUAAUUGACGUAACUACUAUAUGUAGCUUAAUUACUCUAAUUAAUUAUAACCAACUGUGUAUUUAUAUUUAUGGGUCACAGCAUUGCGUAUGGUGUAGGAUUUGGGCUUCUCGUGGUGGGAGUCGUGUUUAGGAAAAGGUCAAAGCUAUGGCACAGUGGUGGACAGGGACGGAUCCAGGAUUUCUAUUCAAGGGGGGCGAAAUUUUUCGGUAGUGUAGGGGGUGAAAAAAUUUUCGUUAGUGUAGUGGGGCGAAAUUUUUUCCUUAGUGUAGCGGGGCGAAUUUUUUCCGCUACUGUAGGGCUAUGCGGCUAAUUUUAUUCAAAAAAUGACAUUAAUACAUACACAUCCCAACGACAUU